UCGACCCUCCCCAUGUGGAGCCAUUGGGGGGGGUCCAAAGAAGGGCAGGUGCUCCUGUGGAAUGUGCAGGCUUUACCCCCCCGGCUCUGUGGGCCAGAGGAAGGCCCUGUGGGUGCCCAAGUAUAAAACCGCACCCAAAGGGGAGGCAGCCACCGCAGUCUGCAACAUCCAGGGCGAGAGGACGACCCAGGACCCUCUCCAGGCCAGCAGGGCGCAGCACGAGGUCACUUCCUUUCUGUCCUCACAGAUGUCCGCCGCGAAGACCGCCCCCCCUCCCGGCUGCACCAUCAACAUUCAGGACCCCCAGGUGCAAGAGGCGGCCAUUCGAAUCCAGGCCUCGUACCGCGGGCACAGGUCCCGGAAGGAGCUGCGGGAGAAGGGCCCCCCCAAGAUCCUGCAGCCGCUGAAGGAUGUGGUUCUGCUGGAGGGCAGCGCCGCCAAGCUGGAGUGCCGGGUCAGCGCCUUCCCCGACCCCUUCAUCAUCUGGGCCAAGGACAGCAAGGAGCUGAAGGAUGGGCCCAAGUACCGCUACGUGUUCGAGGAUCCGGACGUGGUGGCCCUGGUAGUGCGCGAUGGCGUGCUGGCGGACCUGGGCAGGUACACUGUCAGCGUCAAGAACACCUUUGGGGCGACGUCCGACUCGGCCUGCAUCAUCGUGGAGGUGCCGGCUAAGAUUGCGAAGGGCCCAGACAAUGUCAAGGUGGUGAAGGGCGCCACGGUCACGCUAAAGGCAGGGAUCAGCGGAGAGCCGCCUCCCGACGUCGGCUGGCUCAAGGAUGGGGACGACAUUGAGGAGGAUGACAGAGUGUUCUAUGACAUAGGGGACACCACCACCAUCCUCACCAUCAAAAACGCACAGCUGUCUGACGCAGGGAAGUACGAGGUCUUCGUGGAGAACAACCUCGGGACAGACCAGUCCUUUGCGCGUGUGGACGUUCUAUAGGGCGGAAAGAGGAGGCACCCCUUCCCUCUCUCCCCUGGAUGCUCCUGGUGCUCCCUCCGUCUGUCCAUCUGUCUGUCCAUCUGUCCCUCUCGACCUUCCUCACCGCACUGAGCACCAGCCACAGCGACAGGCAGACCGGCCGAUUGAGGCUUACACACUGCACCACAUGCAGCACAACAGCGCCGUUUUCUCAGGGCCCCUCUCUACCACAUGCAGCACAACAGCGCCGUUUUCUCAGGGCCCCUCUCUCACAGCGCGUCAGCGCUGGGUUGCCGUGUUUGUUUUCCCCCCCUAGAUUGCCAGUUCAGUAUUGAAUGUGUUUGACUCUGCACACUG